AUGACAACCGCCCUACGAGAUGAGUGUUCCCCCUUACAAAUGUAUUCCGAACUUAACCCUCCAGUGGCAAUUAUGGCGGCUGUACCAGCAGCGGAUAUGCAACCUGCGGAAACUGAUAACAAACCACGGCAGAAGUCACCGUCAUCACACAUUCUCGCUUCACAACUAGCAUCUGCCGUCAGCACUACUAUGUUUUACCCAAUGGAUACGCUGCGCAUUCGGUACAUGUCACAAGACGGCACCAUUCAGCGACAGCACAAUGGACAGACGUACCGGUCUAUUUACAGAGCUGUGGGUGUGAUAUGGAAGGAGGAGGGAUUGCGUGCUCUCUUUCGUGGAUGUCACGUUGCGGUAUUGGGGGCUGUUGUAGCGUGGGGCGUGUACAUGUUCGUAUACCGCAAAUUAUGCGAGGUUUAUAACGUUUCGUCUUUUGCAAGUAGAACUGGGAUGUCUGUUGUGGCCAGCGUUACGUCGGCGCUGUUGACGACGCCUAUUUGGCUCCUAAAAACUCGGAUGCAGAUUGAGUGUAGGGCUAUGGGUACCUGUGGGAGCUACAGCGGCUUCUUCAAGGGUUUCCACCACAUGCUCGUAACAACAGGCGUUCGUUCGCUUUGGCGUGGAGCGUCUGCGCAGCUCCUACUCGUUUUGCCCAAUUCGCUCGGCUUUCCUAUUUACGACUCGCUAAAGGACUGCAUAAACCAAAACAUAAUAGGGAUUUCCGCAGAAUCCUGUAGUUGGGUGCAUGGACGCGACCUAACCGUAAUAGAGGCGUGCCUUUGCUCAGUCGUCGCGAAAGUUUUUGUGGUGACCCUCUCUCAGCCAUUCACGAUGCUGAAGGUCCGACUGCAGGAUCAACGCUGGAAUCAAGGGGAGGUAAGAUACAUGACGAUUAAACAGUCGAUUCCGCUCAUCAUAAGACGAGAGGGUGUGUACGGCUUCACACGAGGGUUAGCUUCAUCACUGUUAUACUCGGUUCCGCGUGGUGUUGCAUAUUACGUUCUCUACGAGAAGUCUCUGCAGUUCUUCUCCCGCCGCGUCUGA